AUGUCUAGUCAAGGAACAGUUGACAAAACAACUGUCGUUUCACGAGAGAAAUAUUGCUCAAUCGACACAAAAACAGAUGGAAGCUUGAAAGAAUAUUAUAAUUCUACAUGGAAAAUAUAUUUAGUGGUUAUUGCUCUCGCUCUGACGACCUUUUGCACAAGUCUAGACAGCACUAUCCUGGCUACUGCGAUUCCCCAAAUAACAGACCGUUUCAAUUCCCUUGAUGAUGUUGAAUGGUACGGCGCCGCAUAUUUGCUAGCAAACUGCUCGGUACAGCUUAUAUACGGCAAGCUAUACCACUUACAUAGCGUCAAGUGGGUGUAUUUGGUUGCGCUAUUUUUAUUCCAGCUCGGUUCAUUCGUGUGUGCUAUCGCACCGAGUUCAGUAGUCCUUAUUACAGGCCGAGCAGUGGCUGGGCUAGGUGCAGCUGGGAUUUUAUCGGGGAGUAUUCUUAUGAUUAGACAGCUGGUUCCAUUGCACCAACGACCAGGGUACAUGGCAGCACUCGCUUCUAUGACUGGAAUUGCAUGGAUUAUAGGGCCAAUCAUUGGAGGUGCUUUUACAGACUCUGUCUCAUGGCGCUGGUGUUUUUACAUUAACCUUCCCUUUGGGCUUAUUACCUGCAUCUUGCUCUUGAUAUUUUACCAGCCGCUUCAAUUACUACCAAAUUCCCAACGCGUGAGCUUGCGAGACAGCGUACGCUUUCUCGACAUCGAAGGGACCGCCCUUUUUUUACCAGCCAUAGUAAGCUUAUUGCUGGCACUUCAAUGGGGUGGCACAAAGUUCCCCUGGGGCUCGGUACAAAUAAUUGUACUGCUAAUUAUUUUCUCCAUCACCUCGGUUGGAUUUGUCUUCGUCCAGAUUUGGAAACAAGAACUUGCUACUGUCCCCCCACGGGUCAUGACGAGCCGUAAUGUUUGGGCCGGAUUUGUCUUUACAUUUUGCUUCGGGGCUGCCGUUGUCGUUGCGAUGUACUACAUUCCGCUAUGGUUACAAGUUAUCAAGAACGACUCCUCUGAAAGUUCUGGUAUCAUGACACUCUCUCUAGUGAUCGCCAUGGUAGUCACAUCACUUCUUACUGCCAUUCUCAUCACCGUUAUCGGCUAUUAUACGCCCUUCAUGAUUCUUGCAUCAAUUCUGAUGUCUGUCGGCGGAGGCCUUCUCAGUACAUUAGACACAAACGCAAGCUCUAAAAAAUACAUCGCCUUCCAAAUCAUCUUUGGCAGCGGUGUUGGCUGCGGCAUCCAACAGAGUAUGGUUGCGAUCCAAGCCGCUGUCAAUGGCAGCGGUAGCAGAAACAGCAGUAGCAGUAGCAGCAGUGGUAGCAAUGGUAGCGCUGUUUCUAUGGGCACUGCAAUUAUGACAUUUGCACAGACCCUUGGCGGAGCUAUAUUUAUUGCCGUCGCUCAAAACGUGUUCGAAAAUAAACUCAGCAAUGGGAUCGUGGCUGCAAAGGUUCCGGGAUUAGAUUCUCAGGCUAUACUUAAGAUAGGAGCGACGGAACUCAGGAAUACGGUGGAAAGCCAGUACUGGGAUGCGGUUUCACACGCAUAUAAUGCUGCAAUUGACGAUACGUUUCGUGUAGCAACGAUCGUUGCGGCAGUUUCAAUAUUGGGCGCAUUGGGAAUGGAGUGGAUUUCAAUAAAGCGCUAG